AUGUCAACAAAACAAUUUUAUCUCUUGGGCGAGGCACCUUCAACAGCCAGAGAAGUCGAUCUGCCGCCGGCUGUUGACUUUGAGGUGCUUCAGAACAUUGUCGCAUCCCACUUUGCGAUCGUCAAGCCAAACGGUGUCGGCUUUGUUCACGAUGACAAAAGACUCAAUGCAGUGUCCGAAGUCCUAGACAAAGACGAACCAAUUGCAGUCUCUAUCAACGGCAAUGCUGUUCGCGAUGUCCCCGGCCCAGCUGGCAUCCCGUACUUCGGCAACUACCUCGAGAUCUACCCCGAUCAUCUCGGCAAUCACCAACGCCUAUUCGAGAAAUACGGACCGUUAUUCGUCACAAACAGCAUGGGUAACCGUCUCUACCAGACCAACAGCGCCGAACUCUCCAACAUCUUCCUCGCUGAAGACCACUACUUCACAAAGGACAUCGUCCCAGGCCAUCCCCUCCACCCGAUCAAGAACCAAGAAGCAGGUGUCUUUCUAGCUGAUACCGACACAGAGCAAUGGCGUCUUGCUCAUAAAUUCCUCCCGCCUGCGCUUGGACCAAAAGCAGUUCGGCAUUACGCUCCUACGAUGCAGCGAACUGUAGAGAAAUCCUUCAAAGUCUUCGAUGAGCUUGACGAAAAGGGCGAGGCGUGGAAUGUUUACCAGUAUAUGCUGAAACUUGGGUCGCAGGCAGUGGGUAAGCUUGUUCUAGGUAUGGACUUUGCGCAUUUUGAGGAGGUGGACGCGCCGCUGCAUGAGAUGGUUCUCAAGAUUGCGGAGAACUUGGAGCUGAAUAAGAAAGUGUCUUCUAUGGGAGCUUGGUAUGCUAAGAUGCCGUUUGGUGAUCCCAAGAAGGUUAGGGAUACGAUGGCUAGGAUCAUGGAGAUGAUGACGGAGUCUAUUGCCAGAGCUUCGAAGGGGCAAGAGGAUCUGGAGCUUCAGGAUGCAGCGCUCAAGGCUGAGAAUGUUGUUGACUACUUCCUCCGAGCCAAGGACAAUAAGGGCAGCAAGUUACCGCCCUCCCAAUUCGCCCCAACCCUACUCGUAGCUACCGCCGCCGGCUUCACCACCACGUCAUCCUUGCUAUCCUGGCUGAUCUACAGUCUCGUCAAGUACCCAGGCAACCAAGAACGUCUCCUCCAAGAACUAAUCGACAACGACUGGGACGAAGACACCCAAGUCACAGCCGAAACAACAAACAAGCUCAGCUUCCUCGAUAAAUUCAUCAAAGAAACCCAACGCCUGCACAAUCCCUCCUUCCAGCCCGCUCGCACCGCAAAAGUCGAUAUGAUCCUCCCAGGAGGCUACAAACUCCCCAAAGGCGCAGUGGUAAUCUCAGCACUACAUCACAUGCACAAUAACAAAGACGUAUGGGAGAACCCUGGCCGCUUUGACCCUGAUCGCUGGGAUACAGAACAGGUUAAGAAUCGGCCUCCUGGGUCUUACAUCCCGUUCGCGACAGGUCCCAGAAUGUGUGUCGGGUUCAAUUUUGCAUUGCAGGAGAUCAAGGUAUUUUUACCGAAGCUUGUGUAUCGGUACAAGUUUAGCUUGGCGCAGGAUGGGCCUAUUGAGUAUGAUCCGUACUUCCAGCUGAUUCGGCCGAAUAAUCUUCUUUCUUUUCCUCUCAAUUCUUCAAUUGGCACAGUAAAAAUGGUGCUCACCAAGGAUGAGAAGGCUCUUCACGACCAGGUAAACAUCCUGCCUCGCCGCCAACUCAUAAUCGCCCUCGCCACUCUCUCAUCAGCCUUACUCCUCGUCACUAUCGACCAAAAUGGUAUCUCUGUGACACUACCCACCAUUGCCAAAGAUCUGAACGCCGAGGCCACCAUUUCAUGGGCUGGUACUUCUAGUUUGAUCGCAAAUACCUGCUUCCAGAUGCUCUACGGCAGACUAUCCGAUGUCUUUGGUCGCAAAGUCGUUUUCAUAUCUGCUGCUCUACUACUCUGUGUUUCCGAUCUGCUCUGCUCGUUUAGUCAGAAUGCAGUCAUGUUCUAUGUCUUUCGGGCUCUCGCCGGUAUCGGCGGCGGUGGUGUUCUGAACCUCAAUAACAUCAUCAUCUCGGAUAUUGUCAGUCUUGAGCAGAGAGGAAAGAUCCAAGGCAUCACUGGUGCCACUGUCGGACUGGGUAAUAUACUCGGACCCUUCAUUGCCGCUGGCAUCAUGGAGAGAUCAUCUUGGCGAGGAUUCUUCUGGCUCUUGACACCUCUAUCAUUCCUCACCGCUGUACUAUCCUUUUUCUUCCUCCCUUCUAAGCCUCCAACUAUUAGCUUUAAAGAAGGGAUCACCAAGAUCGACUGGGUGGGCUCAUGGGUAUCAGGCGUUGGUAUUGUUCUACUGCUAAUCCCUAUUUCCGGAGGAGGUUCGUACUUCUCAUGGGACUCACCACUGUCAAUUAGCUUCCUCGCUGUCGGUGGCUCCUUGUUUCUCGCCUUUAUAGGAUGGGAAUGGAAGAUGGCAAAGCUUCCCAUGAUGCCAGUCGACAUCUACAAAAACUCAAGCAUCAGCAUCAUGCUUGCCCAAAAUUUCCUGCUCGGCGCCGUUUACCAGUCCUACCUGUACUACGUUCCUCUUUAUCUACAGAACCCUCACCAGUAUAGCGCCAUGAAGUCAGCAGCGAUAUACACUCCGUUGGUGGCGGCGCAAAUGAUUGCUUCUGUAUGUUCGGGACAAUACAUCAGCCAUCGCCUCCGAUAUGGCGAGGUGCUAAUAUUCGGUUUCGCUGUAUGGACAUUAGGAGCUGGCCUGGCUUUGCUACUUACGCGACACUCCAGUAUCGCCGUCAUUGGUGUUAUACUGGGCGUUGUCGGAAUGGGAGUCGGGUGCAUCUUCCAACCUACUCUGAUCGCACUACAGGCUCAUUCCCCCAAGAGUCGUCGUGCAGUCAUCAUCUCCAACAGGAAUUUCUACCGUUGUAUUGGAGGCGCAUGCGGUCUUGCUAUCUCUGCGGCAGUCCUUCAAGCCCAAUUACGCGCUACUCUGCCAGCUGAGUACAAGGACCUUGCUAGUUCGACAUAUGUGCUGCCAGAGUCGAUGCGCAAGGUUCCUGCGGUUUUGGAUGCCUACAUGUCUGCCAGUCACAGCAAUAUCCUUGCUUCCUAUUAA